CCUUCAACCCUCCGAAUUUCUAUUAAGCGUAUUUUUAUAUUUCCAGUAGUUUCGAAUGAACGGCCAGAAUUUAGACGGAACAGCAGGUGACUCGCUGGGGCAAUUCAAUCUCCCGGACACUGAGUACCAUUCGCAGUCCAUUGCCAACGCGGUAGCAGCUGUGCAGCACCUCCAGCAGCAGCAGCAGCAGCAACAGCAGCAGUCGCCAGCGCCCACGCAGCCAAGGCGGUCACCGGCACCGAUGUUUCCAGGGCCCAGUACGAUCCCGACGAACUUUGCAAGCGGGCAAAUAAACUCGCCCGAGGCGCUGCAGCAGUUCCAGAGCAAGUUCUGGACAUCGCACAUGGCGAGCAUUGAAGACAACAUGCCUGACUUUAAGAACCAUCUUCUGCCGCUGGCGCGGAUCAAGAAGGUCAUGAAGUCGGAUCCCGACGUCAAGGUGCAGAUGAUCUCAGCGGAAGCGCCGAUUCUGUUUUCCAAGGCGUGCGAGAUUUUCAUUACCGAGAUCACUCAGCGCUCGUGGAUGAACGCCGAGGAGAACAAGCGGCGGACACUGCAGCGCCAGGACGUGUCGUUCGCCGCCCAGCGCAGCGAGAUGUUUGAUUUCCUGAUUGACGUUGUGCCCAGAGAGGAGUACGCCAACAAAAAGAACGCCGCUGCUGCCGCCGUUGCCAAGGAGGAGCCUGCUGGUGGUGCAAGCCAGACGCCUGCGCCAGCAGCUCCCCAGCAGCAGCAACAGCCAGCACAGCCAGCAGCAGCCCCGCAGCAGCCCCAGCAGCAGACGCCGUCGGUGGCCGAGCUUUCACAGCAGGUUCCGCAGGCAGCGCAGCCAGGCCUCGCCCAGCAGGCGCAGCCAGCGGUAGCGCAGCCAGGCACGCCCAGCCAGGUGCAGCAGUCGGCAGCACAGUACUACAACGACCCGACUCUUCAACAAUACUACGCUCAGCACCUGGUUGAUGUGCCGGGGUUCCCGCCCGUAGCCGCUCCGCCGACGGCCACCCCAGAACAACGCAACGCGUACUACCAGCAGAUCGAGCGGGAGCAGCUGCAGUGGUUCCAGCGCCAGGCACUGCAGCCUGGCUUUGGCUCGCCACAGGCCUCUUCUGUCAACGACAGUGCACCGCUGGCAGCCCAGAUCCAGCAGAGGAUGGGGGGCUCGCUGCCACAGGACCUGGCGAGCAUGCAGGCCGAGGCCGACCAGAACGAGCAGGCCUAGUUUGCUGACUUCCUUUUUUCUUCCUAUUAUCUUUUCCGACUCGUAAAUUCCGAUACUGUCAUAUGCUUGAUAAGCAGGUGUCUGGCACCAGUGCCGCGCCGUCGAUGGGCUGGGCUGGUUGCCAGGACCUGGGACCUGGGACCUGGGACCACAUCACGUGGCCGGUGCUGUGCUCCAGCCAAUGAUUAGGCUGAUAGUCACACGUGAUGUGACCGCGUUCGUCACUCGGAGCAUUUCCCUCUUUCCAAUCCCGGCAAAAAAAUCUCCUUAUCACCAACAGUUCCAC